GUCCCCCUUUGCGCUUUGGACUUCAAGUGUUUGCGUGAGAUCUGCAAGGCUUGUGGGUCUGUCCCAGAGUGACGUGGGUGACCUCACCGAAUAACUCACCCCACAGCUCCAUCAUUGAAGCCCGACUCGUGUCGCCGGUCCGGCCAGCAGCCGCGUGAUAAAGAGCCAGUCAAACAAUUCUCAAACCAGCCACCGCUCAACAUGACUCAGCCAGACCCAGCCUAUUCGGUGUCCACCACCGCUGCAGACUUUGACGCAGCCAUCGCAGCAAGCAAUCUGAGCUCUAUCGCCCCGACGGAUGCAGGUCUGGCCCAAGCCUACAGCACAAGUUCCGCUACUGGUGUAAAUCAAAAUUCGUCCCUCUUUUUGGACAGCCCUGACACAGACGCUCUCUUCAACGCGGACAAUUUGCUGCAGGCAGCCACCUUCCCCUCGACCGGUUACAGUUUGCCUGGCAUGUCCCUCCCCGUUCCCGACGCAGACAGCUUUGCCGAACCGUUCUUUGCCAAGUUUCUCACCGAAAGUGACAUCAACGCCGCUUUUCCUGCCAUCAACCCUACUAACCGCCCUGCCAGCAGUGCUGCCAUCGGUGCCUCGACUGACCUUCCUUUGCUACCAAACGCCUCAACGGCGUCCUUCCCGAUCAGCACCUCUCGCGCCGUCCUACCUGAGCUGCACCAGAGCUCGGCUCUCUCAGCAGCCUCAGGAGCGCCGCCUCUCCUCGGUGGAGCCGCUGACCUUGCCUCUCCAACACUCUUUGCUCACUUGAGCGACGAUGGUGUGGGACUUCGUGCCGACGCACUGAGCCAACUGUUGGACAGUGCUCCCGCUCGCCCCAUCACUCGACCUCCUUCGCACGGCCACACGACAGUGUCUGUUCCCUCAGGGCCGGUGAUCGCCCCGACAAGGCCGACUGCGCCAGCUCAGCUGUCACCCCCAGGACAAGCCUCUCACACACCAGAUACCGGUCGAGCGAGAACUGCACCCCCGGCCGGCCGCUCAACUGCGGCCCGCCCUGCCACCUCCAAUGUCGUCUCCGUGGCCGCAACCCCACACUCAAGCGAUACUCACGAAGACGAUGACGACCAUGCCGGUAGCACCAGCAACCCUAACAAAUCAGCCGCAGACCGCUACCGCAAGAAAAAACGCGAGGAAUUUGAGCGCUUGCAACAUGAUACAGAAGCCAUGAAGGCAGAGAACCUUGAGCUCAAAACGCGGCUGAGCAAGCUGCGCAAUGAAGCCGAGUUUCUGGCGAACAUGCUUCAGAGUGCCAUCCAAUAUUCGCCCAAUCGCUUGCAAGGCUUGUUGCACAUGCCUGCGAGAUAUGUAACGCAAGCCAUGCUCCCAGAAGGUCUCGAACUUUCCACCUUCCUCAGCAAGCGUGAGGUCAUCGCUGCCCUGCUAACCCAGAUUGAAGCGCCGGACGUGCUCACAUCCGAUUGA